AUGUUUCGAUCAUAUGAAGAAGGCUGCUCAAAAUAUAUUCCAACUAUGAGAGUAAGUUCUGGGAAAAAGUAUCCAAAUCUGGGUGAAUUUGGUCAAAAGAAAAGGUUUUUCAGCUGACAUGUAUAGUUUUGGCAACAAUUCUGUUGGUUUUCGAAGUUUGUUUGGCUGCGUAUGAAUAUAUUAAUUGUCGAGUUGAUGGAAAUCCAAUUUCUGCACUUUUUGCAGGUAAAUAUUUGAGGACUGGCGUUUCAGAAAAUAUUUAGAAAUUGGAAUUUGUUUGGCUUUUGUGUCCUUAAAAUUAUGAAUAGAAUUCGACUAUCUUUCAAAUAAAAUAAAUUUGGGCUUAAAAAAUUGACCAUUUCAAAAUAUCAGAAAACUGUUAAUUUUGCAUUUGAAAAUUUUUAAUAGCUAGAAAAAUUGUUUCAAAUUUUUUUUAGAUACUUAUUCUAAUUUGAUAAAAAAAUUUUAUGAAAAACUGUUUAGUUUCAGCUUGAACUUUUAUUUAAAUUUUCCUAAUUUCCAAAAUGAAACGCAGUUUACAGAUAAUGUUUGAAUUUAUUUCCAGCAAUUUUCACAUUCCACUCAUUUCUCACAUUAUUUUACAUAAUCGGUGCAUUUCGACUUAUCGAAUGUUUCAUGGUUCCAUGGCUCACAUUUCAACUCAUAUUUCUAACGACCUUUUCGUUGUUAAUUAUUGUUUGGUGGAUUGCUACACUUUUGGCCGUUUUUGGACUUGUGACAUAUUAUACAACAUUGAGUGAACGUACGUUUUUUGGAAUGAAAAGCAAUUUUCCUUUUUCUUUCCUUUUCUUUUUUUGUUGUUGCAAAUGCUUCCUUUUCGGUCAACUAUGAGUCAUUCGAGAAUAAAAUUACAACGAAAAGUUUUAUUUAGAAAAAAAAAACGAAAAGGCAAUUGAUCGUUGAUUAAAACACAAAACAAAAAAAAAUCUCAAAAGUACAGGAGAAAAAAUGUCACGCAAACAUUGAUUUUAAACUGGAUUUGUAAAUUUCAAAAAUGUGGCUUUCUGUUAGAUAAAAUCAGUUCACACUUGUUCAGAAGGUCGCAAAUUCAUGUAACUUGAUUUUGGAAAAACCCAACCUGGCCAACAUUAAAAAAUCUAGCUCGUUUUCUUUUAUUCUAAAAUUUUCAACAAUCAUUAUUUUUUCAGAAGGCCUCACAAAUUCGGAAUUCUUCGUUUUCACUGGUUCACUUCUCACAAUAAUUCUCGUGGUUUCCUUAAAAAUCUCACAUAUUUUAUACAAAGGAUUCAUCAAUGUUCGAAAUCAAAAUAUUGCGCAUUACCGUAUCACCGAGGCAAUGUCAAGAAAGAAUUCAAUUCUAAAACCAAGUUAUGUUUAA